CCCCCGGCCUCUUGGAGCGGAUCAUGACCAACUACGUGUAUCCGCUUCGAGACAUGGACUGGCGGACGAUGGUCAGGAACGUUCUCGAGAACAUGAUGAACUACAUCGCACCGGACGCCAAGGAACCCAAGAUCGGAGGGCUGCCACGAGCACGGAGGGAGGCAGGAGGCGGCGCGGGGAAGUUGGCCUCCUUCCUGGGGUUCCUCUUAGAACACCCCGGCCUGGUGGGAAGCGAGGGAGGCAGCAAGAGGAGGAGGAAGAGGGACCCCCGUUCCGAGGCCUCGAACGCCCACACCCGCUCUCGACAACAGCAUUCGAACCCCGGAGUCGAAGCCGCGCCGGAGACGGAGGCAACCGAGAAAAACAGCAACAGUAGCUUGGGGAAAUUCUUCUUCAACGGCAACAGCAACGUGUCUUCCUCGGUCGCUGGGUAUUCCUGGGCGUACCUGAGCAUGCUGGUGUUCUACUGUGGCCUCAGCAUCUUCGGCGCCCUCCUCCCGCUCUACAAAAUGGCCAGAGACGAAAUCCUGGAGGCCACGGGGGGCGAGGGACCCCACGGGCCGCCGCACAACCACAUCGAGACGGGGAAUAUCUUCCAGAUCUGAAGGGAGUGGCUUGGGAGAGAGAAAAAGGCAGAUAAAA